GUUAUUUUUAAAGCUGGUUUUCUAUUAGUUUAUAUAUUGUUUGUUUGUAAGCUAUAUGUAAAAAUGUGCUAACAAAGUUAAAAGUAAUGUUGUAGUCCCCACUUCCCAAACAUGAAGCGAAAAAGAAAUAUUUCCAUCAACAAAAUUCGACUUGCUUUGGUCACCAUUCUCGCUGUUCAGUUUCCAAACAUGCUGUGCUUGCUAUCUUCACAAAUAUCUGAUGUUAUUGGAGAUGCUGGUGAAAUAGGAGUGCAAAGUUUCAAAGACAUUGAUUUCACAAACAUCUCAGCAUUAGACAAUGUUGCAAGGAAAGCAAUGAAAACAUUGCAUGAUGAUCUUGACCACGAUGAUGAUGGAAAUGUAUCAAUAACUGAAGGUGCAACGUUUAUCCACCGUGAAGAGUUCAAAGGACACUCGGGCAAAUCUAAUCUUCCCGGCUUUGCCACAGACAAAGAUGGAAGGAUUACUGAACUUGAAUUCUGGGAGGCUUGGGCAAAAUCAACAGUGCACAAUUGGACCGUAACACAGAUGAUGGAAUGGCUUUCAGUGGAUGUAGAACUUCCUCAAUAUGCGUUCAAAUUCAAGCAAUAUGCGAUUCCUGGUGCUGCAAUGCCAAUCUUAGCUAGUAACAGCUCAAUCGUUUUGUCGCUGGUAGACGGAAUAAAAGAGCACCGACUUAAGAUUUGGUUAAAAGCAAUGGAAGUGGUUCUGUGUGGAUACACAAGUUCGAAGUCCAGCCUAAUGAAAGACAUUCUGGUUUCUGUUUCCCUUAUCCUUGCUCUUGGAGGGAUUGCUUUUGGGAUUCAUGUUCAUCGGAAUGCGACUCACACUGUUUCACUGAUGCAAAGCAAGAUGAACAACCUCCAAAGGGAGCUUGCUAAACUUGAUGAAGAAGAUGAGGAAGGUGUUUGGAUGAAAGAUCUGGAAUCAACCGAAUCUCAAUCUUCUGCUCCUAUACGAAGAGACUCUGAUGGCACCGUAUCAAAUGCUUCGCUCGUAUCAUCAGCAAGUGGACAAACCAAGUUGAUGGAAGUUCUUGAUGAACUCGCUGAUGUAAAACAAGCUCUUGAACAAGCAGAAGAGAGAUUGAAGCUCAAUGAUAAACACUGGUCACCACCAACUAGAUUGCUCACUUGUUUGAAGACCACAUACCAAGUCGAGAUGAAACUGCAUGAAGUGAAACGUCAUACUGCGCAUAAGAAGGUAGAGCAAGCCAAGGCACAGUUUCAAAAAAUGAAGAAAAAAGUUUCGAUUUUCAGUUCUGUUCAAUUCAUUCACAGUCGGCAAGUCGAUAGUUUUGAUCUGGAAGUUCAAGCUGCAAAAGAUGCUCUUCGUGAGAUUCAGCGAGACUCUCAUGAGCAUCGGAAGCGGUGGAUGGAGCUCGAGACGAUCCUUCGAUGCAAAUUCUCAUCUUCCCCAACUCGUCAUCUACCUGUUGGAACAAAACUCGAUGAAGCACGAAAGUUGUCCAAAACGACAGAUGUUUCAGAAUCUGGUGUUUCCAUGACAACCAGCACUGAACUAGACAGAAACUCAAAUGUCACUUCAUCAUCAAACAGAUCUUCUUAUGAAGAUUUAGAAAGUGCAUCCACUUACAAAGAUGCUUCAUCCUUUGCAACAACAGGGAAAUUGAUGCACAGAAAGCAACAGGAGUCUUGCCCAGCUCUUGGUGAUUUAAGUGGUGACCUGAAAACGAAAAAGCAAAAUGAAGCAGUACUGAGAGCGAGACGACCGGUAUCCCUACAUUACGGUCCAACGAUCGAACACAAACUAACGAACAAUAGAAAUAGGUCUGCAUCGAUGGUGAACAUGAAAACCUCUCUGGCGACCAAACCAGUUGUAAAUGUUACUACAAUUGCAGAGGAAGCCUCACCUGAGAUACCAAAGUCCACUCUGCAACAGGAAGGCUACCAUACACUGCCGAAAAAGCGCAAAUCGCCGAUGUUCAUGAGAAAAAAGGAUUCUGUAGCCUCGGCUAUGACACCGGAGUCUUACAAAAAGCGAGUUGAAUCCCCCGUUCGAACGCCAUCAUUGGGCCCGGCUGACACUAAAGUUAGGAAGGCAGAGAGCACUCAUUCUUUACCAGAGUUAAAUGGCAAAGCAGAAGAGAUUUCCCACACAAAUGCUACCAAUGGCAAUCUUGACACUAAAAUAAGCAAAAGCAAGCGAUUUGGAACUUUGUUUAAACGCAAAAAGAAGGCUGAGAAAACGUGACUACGUUUUAAUAUUAUUGAGAAACAGUGCGCAUGAUGUUUCGAAGCAGUCACAUCUGCAUUUUAACUUCAUUCUUUCCGGGUUAUGCAAUUGCCCUUAGCCAUAAACUGCUGUAACUUGUGUAGAUUUUACGUAGUGAAAUAUCUUCCAUGCAAUUGAAUGGUAAUUGAAAUCGCUCGUAAUUCUGCUAGACAUCUGCUGUAGCUGCUUUAAGUCUAACAGUGCUAUUUCCCUACCUUAAUGGGCAAGUAUAGAAGUACAUAUAAUACAAUACAUUAUUGAGUUAGAGUUACUUUACAGUAUUUCUUACUUUGUUUUUGAUUUUUCACAAAAUAUUCUACAUUCUGAUUACUUGUAUGUAAUAUAUUCUUGAGAAUAGUUUUGUUGGCUUGUCAAAUAUUUAGAGUUACUUUCGAAAAAAAUAAUUAAAUUUGUUGGAGA